CAAGCUGACUGCGUUGAUCGUUUUGAAACCAUGUUUUAAAAUAAUAAUCACAUAGAAUGUUAUAUUUCAGUAUUAUUCAUUUUCCCCUAUUAUAGUACUGUGCAAGAAAAUUUCUUUUUAUUAGAGUCGGUUCACUGAGUAACGUAAUCAUGGAAUAUAUUUCACCAGAAGACACACCUGUAACCAGUACUAGAAUAUUAUGCUGUCAAUGUGCCGUUCCUAUUGAAGCCAAUCCAUCUAAUAUGUGUGUUGCUUGUUUAAGAGCUCACGUUGAUGUUACAGAUGGUAUUCCAAAGCAAGCAACGCUAUUUUUUUGUCGAGGUUGUGAAAGGUACUUACAACCACCAGCAGAAUGGGUUGUUUGUUCAUUGGAAUCAAGGGAACUCUUGGCUCUCUGUUUAAAACGGCUGAAAGGAUUAAACAGAGUUAAACUAGUUGAUGCUGGGUUUGCAUGGACAGAACCACACUCGAAAAGAAUAAAAGUCAAACUCACAGUUCAAGGUGAGGUUAUAGGUGGAACUGUCUUGCAACAGACCUUCAUUGUGGAGUAUGUUGUUCAGCACCAGAUGUGUGAUGCAUGCCAUAGGUCAGAGGCACAAGAUUACUGGCGUGCCUUAGUGCAGGUGCGACAAAGAGCAAAUAACAGAAAGACAUUCUAUUACUUGGAGCAAUUGAUACUAAAACAUAAAGCACAUGCCAACACACUUGGUAUUAAACCAAAACACGAUGGAUUAGACUUUUUCUAUGCAUCAGAAAAUCAUGCCCGUAAAAUGGUUGACUUUAUUCAGUCUGUCUUACCUAUAAAAUGUCAGCACUCGAAGAAACUUAUAUCACAUGACAUUCACAGUAACAUUUACAAUUAUAAGUUUACAUUUAGCAUUGAAAUAGUCCCCUUGUCAAAGGACAGUGUUGUAUGCCUUCCUAAGAAACUAACACACCAGUUGGGUUCAAUAUCACCAAUAUGUUUAGUCCAGAGAGUUACCAGUACAAUACACCUUAUAGAUGCUAAUACAGGACAAGUGUGUGAUGUUUCGUCAACAGUCUAUUGGAGGCAUCCAUUUACUCCGAUUUGUAAUCCAAAACAGUUAGUGGAGUACAUUGUGAUGGACAUUGACAUUUUAAAGGAACAUGAAAAGAAAACCUUUCCUGGCCAAGGAAUAGUGUCGAACAAGCAUGUGGUUGCUGAUGUGUGGGUGGUGAAAUCAAGUGAACUUGGCUUGGAUGUUAACCCUGUCCAUACUAAAACACAUCUUGGACAUCUUCUGAAGCCAGGGGAUACAGUACUCGGGUAUAACCUUGGGGAUUCCAAUGUUAACGAUGACAAUUUCGACAAACUUGACCGCAAUUUAAUACCGGAUGUGUUUCUGGUCAAGAAAUAUUACGGAGAGCGAUCAGCCAGACGUCGAGCGAGGACUUGGAAGCUGAAACACAUGGCUGAUGAUCUUCACAAUGGAAUGAGUUCAUCUAACGAGGACUACAACGAGUUCUUGGACGAUCUUGAAGAGGAUCCCACUUUCAGACAGAAUAUAAAUAUAUUCAAGGAUGCAAAUAGAGUCCCAGUUGAUGUGGAUGAUGAGAUAGAUCCAUCACUGCCCCGCAUCACCCUGGCUGAAAUGUUGGAUGAUCUUGUCAUUGAUGAUGUUGAGAUGAAUGAAGAAUAACUUCAGCUAGCUUAAUGUAUAAUGUACUCGUGUAAUACAAUUAAAUAUAUUUUUUCGUUAA